ACGAGCAUCUUCUGACGUAGCUAGCUCAUCACAGAAUCUGCUCCUUAGUCCUUAACUCCUUAUCCGAAACCUCCACCUCCAAGCUCCGAUCCAUGGCGUCUCACGAUCACCACCACCACCACCACCACCAUCACUCCCACGGGGAAGGCGAUGGCCAAGCAGCGGGGGGUUCGUGGGUCGGGGAGGACGGCCGCGUGUGGCACUCCCACGACGGCCUCGCGCCGCACUCCCACGAGCCCAUCUACUCCCCCGGCGACUUCACCAAGCGCGCGCCGCCGCUCGCCUCGCGCACCUUCACCGAGCGCGCCUUCACCGUCGGCAUUGGCGGCCCCGUCGGCACCGGGAAAACUGCCCUGAUGUUAGCACUAUGCAGAUUCCUACGUGAUAAAUAUAGUCUUGCGGCGGUCACAAAUGAUAUUUUCACAAAAGAAGAUGGGGAAUUCUUAAUCAAGCAUGGAGCACUCCCAGAAGAGCGCAUACGCGCAGUGGAAACUGGAGGAUGCCCUCAUGCAGCUAUACGUGAAGACAUCAGUAUAAAUCUUGGUCCUCUGGAGGAGCUAUCAAGCUUGUGUAAAGCUGAUUUGCUACUCUGUGAAUCUGGAGGAGAUAACUUGGCUGCUAACUUCAGCAGGGAAUUAGCAGACUACAUAAUCUACAUAAUUGAUGUCUCUGGUGGGGAUAAAAUACCAAGAAAAGGUGGCCCUGGGAUAACCCAAGCUGAUCUUUUGGUAAUAAAUAAGACAGACCUUGCACCAGCUGUUGGUGCUGACCUGGCUGUAAUGGAACGAGAUGCGCUUCGCAUGCGGGAAGGAGGACCUUUUGUGUUUGCACAGGUGAAACACGGAGUGGGCGUAGAGGAAAUCGUGAAUCAUGUUCUGCAAGCGUGGGAAAUUGCGACCGGCAAUAAGCGCCGAUAAAAGAUCGCCUGAGCUUUAUCUUGGACGUGCAGCUGAUGCACUUGGCAAUUUAUGAAUAAAUUUUACAUCAUUUUGGCACAACUGUAUUAGAGAAUGAUAUCAAUGACUGUAUGACGACAGUAUUCUUAAGUUGGAUACUCCAAUAGGCAGCAUAAACAUGGCAUCUCUUCUGAGCGGAGAUAAGCGGCGAUGCUGAAAUGGACAGGGGUCCAGUGAAAAUAAGGGGAAAGAAAAACAAAACGUGUGAAAGGGAAAGGAAAAAGUCCAAAAUACUACCCUCAACUAUGAGCAAAGUUUGAAUAA